GGCCAUUUUCAAUAGAUCGGAAACAAUCGAGCCGCUUUUCCCCAAACGCGGAAGCUGAGGUGCAAAGAGCCCACUGUAUGAGAAAUCUUUAGAUGUAAUAAUCGUAUUAUCCAGGAGGUGGCAAUAAUGCCACCAUAUGAAUACCGACAGUCCAAAAAUCCCAAAAGAAGAAGAAGAAUCGGAAGAAGAGGAGAAGAACGAUAAAAUGGCGCCCGGUCUGUUUUGUUGAAUUUUCGAGAUUUUUCUGAAAAAGUUUCUCAACGAGCAGUUAACUGCUGCUGAAGAAACUUUCACAGAGUUUAAAGAAAUAAUCGUCAAGUCGGAGGAAGAGAUGGAUGAUCAGCGCAGACUGCUGGAUUUCUCCCGGACUCCUCAGAUUAUCUUACAUCGAAUAGAUUACCUGCUACAUAACAUUAAGGAGGAACAAAGGAACCAAGAGAGGAGAUCCACUCUGGACCAGGAGGAGUUAGAACCUCUGCAGGUGAAACAAGAACAGGAAGAACCAGAAGAUGAGCAGAUAAAAGUGGAAGAGAAAGAAGUUUACUGCAGUCAGGAUGAAGAACAGAUUGAGUUAAAACAGGAGACUGAUACCUGCAUGGUGGUUCCUGUUGAUGACCAAACAUCCCACACUGAAUCAGAACCAAACAGGAACCAAGUCAUCUUCCAGGAAGCUGCUGAAAUUGAGAACCAAAAUCAGGAAAGAAGAAAACCUUUCUCAUGUGAGACCUGUGGAAAAGGUUUUUCUUCCAAAUAUACUUUUGAUGUUCACAUGAGAACUCAUACAGGUGAAAAGCCAUUUUCAUGUCUGACUUGUGGAAAGCGUUUCACUGUUAAAUCUUCUCUCAAUGCUCACAUUAGAACUCAUACAGGUGAAAAGCCAUUUUCAUGUCUGACUUGUGGAAAGCGUUUCACUGUUAAAUCUUCUCUCAAUGCUCACAUUAGAACUCAUACGGGUGAAAAGCCUUUCUCAUGUGUGAACUGUGGAAAAAGUUUUAGUCAAAAGUCUUAUUUAGCUGAACACACGUUGAUUCAUACAGAGGAAAAGGCUUUUUCAUGUGUGAAGUGUGAAAAACGUUUUAGUCGAAAACAAUAUUUAACUGAGCACAUAAAGAUUCACACUAGUGAAAAGCCUUUUUCAUGUGUGACCUGUGGAAAAAGUUUUAGUCAUAAACAGAAUUUAACUCGGCAUAUGAUGAUACACAAAGGUCAAAAGCCAUUUUCAUGCAUGACUUGUGGAAAAUGUUUUCUUCGAAAACAUAAUUUAACUCGGCACAUGUUGAUUCAUACUGGUGAAAAGCCACUUUCUGUGGAAAGUGUUUCUGUCUAAAACAGUCUUUCUCAAACUGGUGUUCCGCCGGCGCUCCUAGUGGUCCACGAAGUAGGAUGAACAAAGAAAACAAUAAUCUGUGAAUUCAGAGACUAAUAUUUUCAUUUCAGCUUGCAUCAUAUAGUAAGAUGUAUUAUUGCGGGGGCAAUUUCAGGUUAGGUAGUCCUCUGACUGUUAAAUGAGAUAAGUGGUCCUCAGCCUGAAAAAGUUUGAGAAGCACUGGUCUAAAACAUCAGAAAGCUGAACAUUUUGAGGAGUCGCACAUGGAAGUAUUCUCCAUGUAUGAUUUGCUGAAGAACUGCAAAUCUAUGGAGUCGUUGAACCAGAAUCAUGGAUCUGUGAGCUGUUGUCAUUCUGCCUCCCUGAAUAACUUCUCCAUUUAGUACAGGGAACAUUAACAGUCUGACCGGACAUGGACUCCCUUCCAGAACAUUCUGACAAGAUUGGGCUUGAGGGGUUGGUUUGUAUUAUUCUGUUCACUAAAGACAGUUUGUGGGGUUUACUUUUGUAGUUUUUUUUUAAAUCAAAAAUAGAACGUACUAAAAUGGUUGAGUGUACAUUUGUACUUUAAAAGAAAUCCAAGAUUCACCACAAACUAAUUUUCAUGCAAUGAUUGUACAAAGGGUGUGUGAUUGUUUUCAAUUAUUAGCUUUUUCUCUACUUUUAGCUGUAAUAUUUUGUUCUUUUCUACUACAGCUGACUUCUGUUAUAUCACUGUCUUUAUCCUGAAACUAUGUUCAUGUGCAUUUAUAUUGAUAUAAAAUUUUUAUUAAUGUCUAAGAAAGAAAUUCACGUAAAAUUUCAUGUAAGAAUAAAAGUUUUGAGUUUUCCUUUAGU